GAAAAAGCAGACCUCUGUAGUCACUAGCUCUGGGUUGAUAAGGCUCCGCCGCUGCUCGGAGGGGUCUGUGUUUUUCCGCCACUUGGACAAAGUGACAUUACUUAAGCCUUUCCUCCGACAGGUCUGACUUCCUGCAGAGCCAGUGAUCGCAGAGUCUGAUGCUUCUGCCAGAGGGAGAGGAAUAAGUAGAUGUUGCCGCUUCCGAAGGCUUAGACUUUGGGAAAGAGCAGCCUGGGCGGCAGGGGCGGCGGCUGGAGCUCGGUAAAGCUCGUGGGACCCCAUUGGGGGAAUUUGAUCCAAGGAAGCCCGUGAUUGCCGGGGGAGGAGAGGCUCCCAGAUCCCUGUGUCCACUUGCAGCGGGGAGGCGGAGACGGCGGAGCGGGCCUCUAGGCGUCCACUGCGCGGCUGCACCAUGCCCCAUCCUGCCGGGAUCAUGGUCUGCGGCAGCCCGGGAAGGAUGCUGCUGCUGCGGGCCGGGCUGCUCGCCCUGGCUGCGCUCUGCCUGCUUCGGGUGCCCGGGGCUCGGGCUGCAGCCUGUGAGCCCGUCCGCAUCCCCCUGUGCAAGUCCCUGCCCUGGAACAUGACCAAGAUGCCCAACCACCUGCACCACAGCACUCAGGCCAACGCCAUCCUGGCCAUCGAGCAGUUCGAAGGUCUGCUGGGCACCCACUGCAGCCCCGACCUGCUCUUCUUCCUCUGUGCCAUGUACGCGCCCAUCUGCACCAUUGACUUCCAGCACGAGCCCAUCAAGCCCUGUAAGUCUGUGUGCGAGCGGGCCAGGCAGGGCUGCGAGCCCAUCCUCAUCAAAUACCGCCACUCGUGGCCGGAGAACCUAGCCUGCGAGGAGCUGCCAGUGUACGACCGGGGCGUGUGCAUCUCUCCCGAGGCCAUCGUCACUGCAGACGGAGCUGAUUUUCCUAUGGAUUCUAGUAAUGGAAACUGUAGAGGGGCAAGCAGUGAACGCUGUAAAUGUAAGCCUAUUAGAGCUACACAGAAGACCUAUUUCCGGAACAAUUACAACUAUGUCAUUCGGGCUAAAGUUAAAGAGAUAAAGACAAAGUGCCAUGAUGUGACUGCAGUAGUGGAGGUGAAGGAGAUUCUAAAGUCUUCUCUGGUAAACAUUCCACGGGAUACUGUCAACCUGUACACCAGCUCUGGCUGCCUCUGUCCUCCGCUUAAUGUUAAUGAGGAAUACGUCAUCAUGGGCUAUGAAGAUGAGGAACGUUCCAGAUUACUCUUGGUGGAAGGCUCUAUAGCGGAGAAAUGGAAGGAUCGUCUUGGUAAAAAAGUUAAGCGCUGGGAUAUGAAGCUUCGUCAUCUUGAACUCAGUAAAAGUGAUUCCAGCAAUAGUGAUUCCACUCAGAGUCAGAAGUCUGGCAGGAACUCGAACCCCCGGCAAGCACGCAACUAAAUCCUGAAAUAGAAAAAGUAACAUCGGUGGACUUCCUAUUAAGACUUACCUGCAUUGCUGGAGUAGCAAAGGAAAAUUGCACUAUUGCACAUCAUAUUCUAUUGUUUACUACAAAAUUCAUUUGAUGACUGAUCAUUACUUCUGUUUCUCUUUUGUUUUCUGCUUUUCUCUUCCCCCAACCCCUGUAAAGGUUUGGGGGCAGACUCUUAAAUAUAUUGGGAGUUUUCUGUUUCACUAAUCAUAAGAAAAACUAUUCUUUUGCAAUAAUAAUAAAUUAAACAUGUUGAUACCAGAGCUGCUUUGCUGGAGUCCCCAGAUGAUAAUUUACUUUCUGCACCCCAAUUGGGAAUGCAAUAUUGGAUACAAAGAGAGGUUUCUUUUAUACUCAGAAAGCUAGAUAUGCUGUAAAACAUACUCUGCCGAUCUAAUAACAGCCUUAUUUUUAUAUGCCUUUUGGGCAUUCUCCUCAUGCUUAGAAAGUUCCAAAUGUUAAUAAAGGUAAAAUGGCAGUUUGAAAUCAAAUGCCACAUAGGCAAAGCAAUCAAGCACCAGGGAGCAUUUAUGAGGAAACACGCAAGAUGAAUUAUUUUGAGAUUGGCAGGAAGCAAAAUAAAUAGUAUUAGGAGCUAAAGAAAGAACAUUUUGCCUGAUUGAGAAGCACAACUGAAACCAGUAGCCGCUGGGGUGUUAAUGGUAGCAUUCUUCUUUUGGCAAUACAUUUGAUUUUCUCAUGAAUAUAUUAAUCAGCAUUAGGGAAAUGAAUUAUAACUAGACAUCUGCUGUUAUCACCAUAGUUUUGUUUAAUUUGCUUCCUUUUAAAUAAACCCAUUUGUGAAAGUCUUUUUCUUUUCCUCUUCUUUUAAAAUAAAUCUGAAUUGCUGUAUUGACCAGGAAUAGAUUAUAUGUGCACGUGCACCAGGGUGUUCGUUUUUAAAAGUACAUAGCUCUCUAAAAUGAUGUAGAUUACAAAAUAAUGAAAUGUGCAAGGUUUUUUUUUUUCUGGUGUGUGUGUAUCUGUAUUUGUGUGCAUGUGUAUCUGUGCACUCACACGCAAGGUGGAUUAAAAUACAGGCCUGCAAACUGGCCUGCACUUUAUCAUUUGGAUUUGUGCUGUUUAGUGCUCAGUAAAAAAUGUCUAAUAAAAUGAAUUAUGGUUGUCAGGA